AUGGACACUGAAAUUUACAGAGUAGUGACAGCACAAGGAAGAGAAGAGGAGUUUGCUAGGAACUACAGUAACACAUUCCUGUGGAAGGUGCAGAAGAGAUUCUGGAGGAUGCUGACUCUACCCCCUUUCCCUGGUCUGCUGAGGCAGGAGGAGAAUGGCAUUCAUGAUGGAGAUGGCAUUAUUGAGGAAAAGGCAAUACACAUCAUCUUCUUGGGAAUCAGCAAUUCCAGAAUUACUAUUGAAAGGACUAUGGGUUGGGUGGCUGGCAGAGGAAUCCUAGGCCAUGUGGCCUCUGCUGCAGGAGCUGAAGGGCCUUAUUGCCGGGGGCGUUCCCAGGGACCCUCCAGUGCAGACCAGAUAGUUGUACUGGGGCCCGAGUGUCUAUGGCAGUCUAGGAGACAUCCUGCAGUGGAAAGGCUGGCAAGGAGAAAACCAAAAGCCAAGGCACCACUUCCUCCAGCUGAGACCAAAUACCUUGAUGCCUCUUCAGUUGAUGAUACUGUAGACUCCUCUGCUUGCAUCAUGGAACAGAAAGAAAACAUGAUAGAUAAAGACAUUGAACUCUCAGUGGUGCUACCUGGAGAUAUUAUCAAAUCCACUACUGUUCAUGGCAGUAAACCUAUGAUGGACUUGUUGAUAUUCCUCUGUGCACAGUAUCACUUAAACCCAUCAAGUUACACAAUUGAUCUGCAGUCAGCUGAAAAUAACCCCAUUAAAUUUAAGCCAAACACACCAAUAGGAAUGUUGGAGGUGGAGAAAGUCAUUUUAAAGCCAAAAGUUUUGGAUAAGAAAAAACCUACACCUAUAAUACCAGAGAAAACUGUGAGAGUCGUGAUCAAUUUUAAGAAAACGCAGAAGACAAUAGUGAGAGUUAGCCCACAUGCACCACUUCAAGAACUUGCCCCCAUUAUAUGCAGCAAAUGUGAGUUUGAUCCACUGCAUACACUGUUGUUGAAGGAUUAUCAAUCUCAGGAGCCCCUUGAUUUGACAAAAUCUCUUAAUGACCUGGGACUAAGAGAAUUAUAUGCCAUGGAUGUCAGCAGAGCCACUUCUGUUACUGCCUCCAAUAAGUCAUCUUUACAAGAAUCCUGCCAAAUAUCACAGAACCUAGACAUUAUGAAGGAGAAAGACAAUAAAGGUUUUUUCAGCUUUUUUCAACGCAGUAAGAAAAAGCGGGAACAGACUGCAAGUGCUCCUGCAACUCCUCUAGUAAGUAAGCAUCGCCCGGCUUUUACUAGGUCCAACACCAUUUCCAAACCAUACAUUUCAAACACCCUGCCAUCGGAUGCGCCCAAGAAGAGGCGGGCUCCACUGCCUCCAAUGCCAGGGUCUCAGAGCGCCCCGCAGGACCUUGCUCACAUCCAGGAGAGGCCAGCUUCUUGUGUAGUGAAAUCCUUGAGUGUGGAUGAAACAGAUAAGAAUUCCUGUGGAGCAGGCAUAGUGAGGACCGGCUCGCUGCAGCUCAGUGGUACAUCUGUUGGCAACUCAUCUUUGAAAAGGACAAAGCGAAAAGCACCUUCCCCACCCUCCAAAAUGCCCCUGCCUCUAAGUGAUGAAGAUAAUCAUGUGACUGUCCUGCAGGCGGGACGUGCAGUUCCUACAGACAGUGCUAUGGAAGCCAGCUGUCCCGAGGGGCCGUCCAACCCAGAUUUUACUUCUUUGGCAGAAGCCUCCCUUGGCCCUGGGCUCCCCAGUCACGAACAGUGCACUGUGCCCAGAUCGCCGGAUGAAGCCUCUCUCUCGGAGUGCCCUGGAACACCCGAGGCGGCCGUAGCAUCUCUGACACCUGGAAUAAGCUCUGAUCAUAGCCUUGAAGAGAUAGAUGAAAAGGAAGAACUGAGUGAAGUGCCUAAAGUUGAGGCUGAAAAUGUUUCUGUGAAGUCACAAGAUAUUCCUUUUGGAUCUACUGAGAUAAUAAAUACACUGAAAAACGAUCCUAACUCAGCCCUUGGCAAUGUUACUGGAGAGUCCGCACAAAACUCCAAAGAAGAAAAACAAGAAGCUAGAAACACAGAUGGACAAGGGCCACGCAUUAUGGUAUAUAAUGCAAGCAAUGAAGAGAGAGUAGUGGACGGUGUAAGAAACUUGAAGUCAUUGGGCUCAAACCAGGAAAAUGUAGAUCAAAAUGAAAUAAUUGUCAUUCCAACGGACACAGAAAAUAUGAAAAAUGGAGUGAGGAUAACAGAAAUCAAUGUGGGAGGUGUUGCCAAAGAUAACAGUGUGGACAUGGGAGCUGACAGACUAUCAAACUAUCAGGCACAUAAAACUGAUACUGCUGAAAGUUACAAGGAAAAUCAUCUAGCUCCAUCAUUAGUAGCAGGCCAAAAACUGAAUCAACCCUGUGAGGAAAAGACAAAAAUGCAAGAUGCAGCGAUUCAGACAAACCCUUCCUCUGACGGUUUUGAGGGGAAUCACCAAGGUCAUCAUUUGUCUAAUUUCAAAGUUAAUGAAAGUGUGCAAACCCCAAGUAACGAUAAAUCAACUCAACCCUCAUCUCUAAGUCCCCAAGAUUCUGCUGUAGAUGCCUCAAGGAAAUUCAGGAGUCCGGGCCCCCUAAACGUACAUUCAGAGAAUCAACUCACCAUAAAAGAUCCAGUUUGUGCACGUGGUAAUGAUGGCCUUUUGCCUUCUGUAGAUGGGAUUGAUAAAAACUCAACUAUUUCAAAGAAUUAUCCACUUUAUAGACAAGACUAUGAUCCCAAGCCAAAACCUUCAAAUGAAAUCACAAGAGAGUACAUACCCAAAAUUGGAAUGACUACUUAUAAAAUAGUGCCUCCCAAGACCCUGGAGAUACUGAAAAAUUCGGAAUCAGAAACCACUGGGUAUAAAGAUGAUCACGAGAUCCAUACUUUAGGAAAAAAGCACACUGGUGAAAAUGUGAAAGAAACUGCAAUCCAAACAGAAGAUCUUGUUAUUUCCGACAACCCAAAGGGGCCACAGGCAGACCUUAAACUACAGCCGAGCCCAAGAACAGAGCAUCAGGUCCAUGGCGUGGAGAACUCACCCUGCAUUGCCAUGGGGAGUCCUCUGAAACCUACUCCCAGAAUGACAAGGGACACUGGCACAGCUCCUUUCGUGCCAAAUUUGGAAGAUAUAAACAAUAUUUUGGAGUCAAAACUUAAAUCUCGGGUUUCAAAUCCCCAGACCAAACCAAGUUCUUUUUUCCUACAGAUGCAAAAAAGAGUUUCAGGUCACUAUGUGACAUCUGCAGCUGCCAAAGGUGUCCAUGUGGCCCCUAACCCUACUCCGAAAGAACUAAUAAAGAAAGAGGGGGAAAGGGAAGUGAUACCUCCUCCAGAACAAACUCUUUCUCCUUUAAGUAAAACAACUCCAUCUCCUCCACAGCCCCAGAUUAAAAAUGCUGAUGAUAACAUCAGCAACCAGAAGCCUACUGAAACCCCUCCACCUCCCAUAGCCCCGAGACCUGUUCCUCUUCCUGCGAAUCAAUUAGCUGCACUAAAUCUGAAGACUUUGAAAACUUUUGGUGCACCGAGACCUUACUCGAGCUCUGCUCCCUCACCCUUUGCCCUCGCUGUAGUGAAACGGUCACAAUCUCUCAGCAAAGUGCGCACAGUGUCAUGCAGUGAGGGUGCAGCUGCCCGACCUCCACCUGACACAGAAGAAGGGAAGGCUCCUUCUGUAAAUAAAUUUGUGGGCAUCCCACAACUACUUGUGAGUGAUAAGGGAAAUAACUCUACACAUAACGAACAGAAUUCCCAAAUACCAUCUCCAACUGACUGCCCAUCAUUCAUUCUUAAGAGACAAAGUUCUUUAACAUUCCAAAGCUCUGACCCAGAACAGAUCCGACAGAGUUUGCUCACUGCAAUCCGUUCUGGAGAGGCUGCUGCCAAAUUGAAAAGGGUUACUGUUCCAUCAAAUACAAUAUCUGUGAAUGGAAGGUCAAGACUCAGCCAUUCCAUGUCCCCUGAUGCCCAGGAUGGCCAUUAA